AUGUCGAAUGAAAAAGGCGCGUGCCUGACGAAGAUGCCAGCCCGCCUCCCGGAGGACGCGGGGGCGGAGAAGGAGAUCAUCCCGCUCGAUAGGGACGACAUUGCGCUUCUGAAGCUCUACGGCUCCGGCCCCUACCACGGCGCGAUCAAAGAGCUUGAGGACUACAUCAAAACCAAAGCGGAGUCCCUCAACAAACUGGCGGGGAUGAAAGAGAGCGAGAUGGGCCUCGCGCCGGCGGUGCAGUGGGACCUCAACGCGGACCGCCAGGUGAUGGAGACCGAAAGUUCCCUUCACGUGGGCCGCUGCCAGCGGAUUUUGAACAAAGGCGCGGAGAACGCGCGAUAUGUGGUGCGGAUUCGCGACCACGCGAACUACGUCGUCCGGCUCGGCGACCGGGUCGCGCCGGAGGACAUCGAGGAGUCGAUGCGUGUGGGGAUUCACAUGGGCUAUAGCAAAAUCCAGAUCGAAAUCCCCCUCCCGCCGCGAGUGGACCCGUCGGUGGGGAUGAUGCAGGUGGAGGACAAGCCGGACGUGACCUACGCCGACGUCGGGGGGAUGCGCGCGCAGGUCGCGCGGCUGCGGGAGGUGGUCGAACUCCCCCUGACCCACCCCGCGCGUUAUACCCGGCUCGGGAUCGACCCCCCGAAGGGCGUUUUGCUUUACGGCCCCCCGGGGACCGGCAAAACGCUGCUCGCCAAGGCCGUGGCGAACCGAACGGAGGCGGCCUUCAUUCGCGUGAUCGGCUCCGAGCUCGUCCAGCGCUAUAUCGGCGAGGGCGCCCGCAUGGUCCGCGAAAUCUUUCAGCUCGCCCGGACGAAAAAGGCGUGCAUUAUCUUCUUCGACGAGGUCGACGCCGUCGGCGGGAGCCGCGGCGGCGACGGCGAUAACGAGAUCGAGCGCACCAUGCUCGAGAUGGUCAACCAGAUGGACGGCUUCGACGCCCGCGGGAAUGUCAAGGUGAUUAUGGCGACCAAUCGCCCCGAUACCUUGGACCCCGCCCUGACCCGCCCGGGCCGCAUGGACCGAAAGCUCGAGAUCGGCCUGCCGGAUUUGGAGGGCCGGACGAGUAUCCUGCGCAUCCACGCCCGCUCCAUCUCGUGCGAUAAGGAGAUCCGCUUUGAGCUGAUCGCGCGGCUUUGCCCGAAUACCACGGGGGCGGAUUUGCGCUCAGUGUGCACCGAGGCCGGCAUGUUCGCCAUCCGCGCGCGGCGAAAGACGAUCAACGAAAAGGACUUCCUCGACGCCGUAAAUAAGGUGAUUAAGGGCCAGCAUAAGUUCAGCGCGACCGCGAAAUAUAUGGUCUACAACUGA